AUGUGGACUCUGAUUGUAGGCAGCCAACCUGGGCUUCUCUCCAGUCAGGGGCAUAUGUGCCUUGUCAGCACACCUACAAUUGAGGGUGUGAUAGGAGAAGAGCAGAAAAAACAGCAGUUUAUGGUUAUCAAGGCACCAAGGAAUAGCACUGCCAAGAAUUUACUGAGCAGUAGGGCUUCUCUGACAGGAACUGCGCAGCAAUGUUCUCCCAGCAGCCUGACGUCAUUCUGCAUUGGUUGGAGUGAGAUUGGGCAGAGUGUGGCUGAAGCUGACAGGAAAGAGAUUAUGCAGUGUGUUUUUUUCGGCUUCAGGAAACUGGACUCUCAGGGCCCCACACAAUUACAAUUACUGAGGGCAGAGGUAAGGUACACAAAAGACCCCAUCACUUCAAGAAAAAAAGCAUGCUCUAAUCCAAGCAACUUUUUACUAAGAAACCAUCGUGAACAAAAUAUUGGCAGUGCUCUCCUUGCUACAGAUAUGAUCAACUGUAUUUUCUCAGGACUGACCAAAAUUCACAACGAGAAGGGAGUUGCCUACUACAAUGGGAAUUUCUCCAGACAAGUUCAAAAAACAAAGGCUUCAACAUCAGAUGCCUGUAGCAACCUCACAGUUGUGAUAAUUUUGUCUCCAAUUCUCACGGAUGACUGAGGGGUUCAAGACUUCAGUGGAGGAAGUAACAGCAGAUGUGGUGGAGAUAGCAAAAGAAUUGAAUUACAAGUGGAGCCUGAAGAUGGGACUGAAUUGCCACAAUCUAAUGGUCAGACAUGAAUGGAUGAAGAGUUGCUUCUUUUGGAUGAGCAGUGAAAGUUGCUUCUUGAGAAGGAAUCUACUCUUGGUGAAGAUGCUGUGAACAUUGUUGAAAUGACAAGAAAGGAUUUAGAACAUUCCAUAAACUUAGUUGGUAAAUCACCAGCAGGGUUUGAGAGGACUGACUCCAGUUUUGAAAAAAGUUCUACUGUGAGUAAAAUGCUUUCAAACAGCAUCACAUGCUACAGAGAAAUCUUUUGUGAAAGGAGUAUGAGGUUAAACAAACAAGAGAAAAUGAAGGAGG